AUGUUCGGGUCAAAGGGCACAGGCUUGUCCGCAUUACUGGUUCUUUUAGCACUCUGCAUAUGUUUCAGCGAAGCAGUCCCCCAGCAAAAGAAGGGCAAUAAUCGCGGUGGUAAAAAACAGACAGCACAACAAAAAGCCGCCCAGAAAGCUGGUGGCAUUACCGCUGCAAAAGACGGAACUACGGUCCUUGACCAAACCGUCAAGAUCAAUGGCCUUGACAUUCGAUACAAAGUCAGCGCUCCGGCUGACCAAUUCACCGCAAACUCUGGAGUGCAAGGGGCGAAUGCUGCUCCAAACACUGCCGGCGCUAUUGGCAUGAACGUACUGCUUCACGGUGACGGAGGCCAGUCCUUCUUCGACUUCCCUAACCAGGGCGUAAACUCCAACCUCAUGGGAGUCGCGGUUCUCGCCCCUGAUGCAAAUCUCAAAUGGGGUGGUUCCAACCGAAACGGCCAGCAGCGUCCCGAUGGUGCAGCUCACUCUCAGGCUGUUGCCGACCUUAUCACCAAGGAGCUGCCUAAGAUGGUAUCCUUCAAUCAGUCAAACGUCUUCUUCAUGGGAGUCAGCGGCGGAUCUCUCACGCUUUCCGGCUUCUUCAUGCCAGCUCAGAUGGGCCUAUUUCCAAACACCGGAGUUAUGCUGACUUGCGGUGCUCUGGCUCCUCAGGUGGCCUUUACGCCCGAAGCUUCUGCGGCCUUGGCAAAUACUCGAAUUCACUUUCAGUCGACUACCCAGGAGCUGACGUCCCUGCAGAAAUCUAUCCCUGAAGCUAUUCAGGCGUUUGAACAGGCAGGAACACAAGCUGGGCUAAAUACACAGCAACUGAAUGCGCUUCAGACUGUGGAUAACAGCCCAAAUGGCGGUCAUUGUGCAUUUGAUGAGCAAGGCUUUGUCAGUGGUGUGCAGCUGAUGGCUUCCAACUUUGCCAAUGUUAUGCUUUCGGGUGGUAAUGGCCAGGUGAAUGGUAUCGGAAAUGUGAACAAGGGAGUGGUAGGAAACGAAAACUUGAAGUUUGCUGCUGGAAAUGGCCGAAACUAG